AUGCUUCCUACAGCAACAAUCACAAACCCCCAUGGGUUGAUGCCCCCUCAAGAGGCUUCCAAGGCGUUAUUCUCAAUAUCCACCCCUUCACCUCACUCAGCCUUAUCCAAUAAGGUCACUGCUGUCGGUGAAAUCACUGGUGCCCCCAAUCUAGAUGUGGAUUCCUCAAACUUAAGGAAGCAUCUUGCAGAGCUCUUUGUCGAGAACAUUAUGGCGAAGGUCUGGCGGGUCGCAUUUGAGUCUCUCCCUAGCGCUGCAGCGACACCCGAGGAGUGUGCGAUGAAGUUCCCUCACGUAUUUCCCGAAUACGUGCCCCAGGUUCCUCAGCAUGGCGAGAAGCCAAGCCUCUACCAUCUCCUACGCUAUCCCCAGUCCGCUGUAUUCUUCCUCGGUUCAUCGCCACAGGAGAGACGAGACCAGCUCCGCGCUAUGUGUAAAAAAUGGUCGGAGCCGUUGCACGACAUGGCUAGCAGGACGGACACACACGACAUAGGCUUCAUUGUCAUGCCUGCUCUACGCAAGGAUUGGGAGCUCUUUGGCAACUCUCGCAGCCUGGAAUCUAUUGUCCGUGCGGCCAACAGCCUGGCAACGAGAUACGUUGCCUCCGCAAAGGCUAUCCGCAGUUGGGAUCUUUUGAUCAGGAAGGACGAGCGGAUCACAGAUAUGAGUACCGAUCUUAUCGUAAUCAUCGAUUCUUUGUGCAAUCUUGACCUACUCUUCUAUGCCGCCGCCCAUAGUUCCUCCAGGCGACUCGCGGAGAUGGCUGUCGCCCAUGCCCGCACUUUGAUACGCACCCACCUGCGUCCGGAGCCCCCCUCUUCCACAACCCACGUUCGGAGGACUGGCGCCAUCAAACGUCGUAUGACAGCGCAGGGGUACGGGGACGGGUCCACCUGGGCUCGCGGUCAGGCGUGGGCAAUACCAGGGUAUGCACAGACGCACGCAUGGACCGGGGACACGGAAUUUCUGAAUGUGGCGUGCGGAACGGCAGAGUAUUUUCUCCAUAGGUUGAAGACGCACCCUGUUGCGCGGGAUCCUGGAGGUGGGAAGUCGCAGUACACUUCCCCACCAUGGGACUUUGAUGCUCCACCGGAGAGUGAGGGCGAGGAGGUCGUGCGGGAUUCCAGCGCGGCAGCCAUCGCUGCGAAUGGGUUGCUCGUGCUGUCGCAGGCGCUGAUUGCGGAGGGAGAGAAGAUGCUUGCAGCGAGGUUUUUUGACGCAGCUGUGGAUUUGAUUAGAGGUACUCUGGACUAUUCACUGGCGAGGGAAACUGCACGGUUUCAUUCUGUCUCUGGCGAAGAGUCUAAAGAGGGUCUGGCUGUGGAAGACCUUGUGCAGGGAAAGCGGUUCGAUGCGAUCCUUAAGCAUGGGACGGCUAACAACAAUGAGAAUGCGAGGAGGCGUUAUGCGAACCACGGCCUGGUGUAUGGUGAUUACUACUUGGUGAGAUUUGGAAACGAGCUGAUGCGCAUGGGUUUAGUGUAG